UGUGGUGCCUGUGGUGCUACUCUCAGAUGAACAGAUGAGCAGUGAGGGCAGGGAGUGAGAGAAAGGGAGAUGAAGGGAGGGAAGGAGGGAGAGGAGGGAGAGGAAGGAGAGGAGGGGGUCAGUGCUGGGAUUGUCACGGGAAGGGAAGGAGCUGCUCCUUCUGAGUGUGUGAGGUGUGAGGGGCACUUGUACUAAGGAACAUAGGAGAAGGACAUACUGUAUAAACCUACAAUAUGAGCAGAACCACCUUCUUUGAGGUGGAGGUACUGGAUGGCAGGACCAGGCAACAGCUUUGUUUUCUAGAUAAGGUGGAGCCCCAUGCUACAAUAGGAGAAAUCAAGAGUCUUUUUCACAAGUCGUAUCAACAGUUGUAUCCAGCCAGACAGGACCUCAAGCUCGACCCCAAAGGAAAAUCACUGAGAGAUGAUGAUGUAUUACAAAACCUACCUGUUGGGACCACAGCAACCAUAUAUUUUAAGGACCUGGGUCCACAGGUUGGGUGGACAAUGGUGUUUUUAGCGGAGUACAUUGGUCCUCUGUUUAUCUACCUCCUGUUCUAUUUCCGAGCGCCGUACAUCUACUCACACCAGGAUGCGUUCACCUCCAGCCCCUACUCAGUGGUCACACUAGCCUGUGCCUGUCACACCUGCCACUACAUCAAGAGGUUGAUUGAGACUAUCUUUGUGCACCGGUUCUCCCAUGGUACCAUGCCUCUCAGGACUAUAGUCAGGAACUGUGUUUAUUACUGGGCCUUCUCAGCAUGGUUAGCCUUCUACAUCAACCAUCCACUGUAUACACCACCAUCGUAUGGGGAUAUGCAAGUGAACUAUGCACUGGCCAUAUUUGUGCUCUGUGAGUUAGGGAAUUUCUCCAUUCACGUGGCCCUGAAUAACCUCAAGGCAGAAGGUGGGCCCAAGUGCAGAAAGUUCCCUCACCCGACGAAGAACCCAUUCACAUGGCUGUUCUUCUUCGUGUCCUGCCCCAAUUAUACCUAUGAGGUAGGAGCCUGGGCGAGUUUCUCUGUCAUGACCCAGUGUCUACCAGUGGCCUUGUUCACCUUCUUAGCUUUCAUCCAGAUGACCAUCUGGGCCAAAGGGAAGCAUAAAACCUACUCCAGGGAGUUUAAGGACUACCCUCACCUGCGCAUGCCAAUCAUCCCGCUCCUCCUCUGAGCACGCUACAAAGGUUUACCAUUCUGACUGGAGUAUUGGGGGCUUCAGCCAGCUUGAAAGGUUGUGAUGAUCAGUGGGUCACUGUGUUUCUCACAAAGCAAGAAGACCCACUGCUCCUUCAUCUAUCGCCAUGGCAAUGGUCUGUUAUCUUUUCAACAACCACUAUGCAAGGAUAGACUAUGCCAUUGUCUUAGAAAGAGGAGCAAACGAACCGUGUUAAAGAUUCAUAGACAUGGAGUAUUGUUGACGUGUGGAUGAACUUUUAAUGAAUAUAUAAUAGUGAAUUGACAGAAAGGAAUGUCUCAUCUCAAUAAUACUGUUGAUGAACUGCUAGUGAGAAUUUCUGCAUUGAUAAUGUUUAGUUCAAUCAUUGAAACACAGCUAUAUUAAGGAGUUAUUGGUAUUAGUCCUGUUACUGAUCAUGAUUGAUUGAUUGACUGUUACAAUGCAGCUACUGAAUGUUCCGACAAUUGUUGGCAUUCUUAGUCUACAGAGAGUGGAAAUCAUCCGAAAACUAUGAAGUUAUGAAUAUAUGAUUGAAGUUCUAUAUAAUCUACCAUAUUAUUUAGUAAUAAGUUAUUGCGCAUUUCCUAGAGGAAAUGUGUGUGUGUGUGUGUGUGUGUGUGUGUGUGUGUGUGUGUGUGUGUGUGUGUGUGUGUGUGUAACUUGAUAUGAUAUACCUGUUAAGGACGUCUUUAUUAUGACUGAAGUGUAACGGGGCUAUUUUCAGUAGGGAAAGCUGAGUUUAACUGAGAAGUGUCCUAGAAACAGGCCAAUGGGACAUAGGACUUGCAGAUGUCUAAGUUUUCAAACUGAUUAUUUCCCCCUCUACAAUGAAGCUGUACAUGUUUGAAUGUAACGAGCAACCUGAUGGUUUUAACUUUGUCAGACAGUUGAGGAUAAUUCAGUAAUGUAUUACUUUAUAUAUCGUUCAAGAUAACUACAAUCUGUCAAAUUCUCAGGUGUUACUAGAUGCAACAGGUACUGUUUACAUACUGUACAAAUUAUAGCCAAACUCGUUUUGUAUACAAAGUGUAAAUAUCAAAUAAAUCAUUUGGAUCGUUUCAAAGAUAA